CACCGGCACCACCAACCGCUGCCGAGCCAACAACUGAAGCUCCGCCCACAGGGAAGAGCAAGGCCGAGAUGAGGGCGGAGAGGAGAGCCAAGCAAGAGGCCGAGCGGGCACAGAAACAGGGCAAGAAGACUGAGCAGAGUGGGGGGCCGGCACCGAGCAAACCCAAGAGCCAGCCCACCGACCUCCAGACAGUGAAGCGCCUCCCGGAACACGUUCAGGUCGAUGAUCCGGCGGCGCAGAGGAAGUUGGCCAAGAAGUUGGAGAGACAGCAGGUUCCUCUGCGGCAGGAUUACGGAACGAAGGUCAGCUUGUUCUCUCACCUCCAUCAGUACAGCCGGAAGAUGCCCCUCACCCAACAGCUGAGCAUCCCGUCCUCCGUGAUACACCCGGCUGUGGUGAGGCUCGGCCUCCAGUACUCGCAGGGUAUUAUCAGCGGCUCCAACGCCAGAUGUAUCGCAUUACUGCACUGCUUCAAACAGGUGAUCCGGGACUACAGCACUCCGCCCAAUGAGGAGCUGUCACGAGACCUGGUCAACAAGCUGAAGCCCUCCAUUAGUUUCCUGACUCAGUGUCGCCCCCUAUCGGCCAGUAUGGGAAAUGCCAUAAAAUACAUCAAGAAAGAGAUCUCCAAUAUGAGCCGGCAGAAGGGAGAGGAGGAGGCGAAGAAUGAGUUGUAUGACCACAUAGACAAAUACAUCCACGAGAAGAUCCACCUGGCCGCCGAGGCCAUUUCCAAGUACGCAGCAGAGAAGAUCAGCAAUGAUGACGUCAUCCUGGUGUACGGCUGCUCGUCACUGGUGACCUUCACACUCUGCGAGGCUCACGACAGCGGGAAGAGUUUCCGUGUGAUCGUAGCGGACAGCCGGCCGCGGCUGGAGGGGAGAGAGACGCUGAGGAGACUGGUGAACUGCGGCAUCCAUUGUACAUACAUCAUGAUCACUGCCAUCUCCUACAUCCUGCCUGAGGUGUCCAAGGUGUUCCUCGGGGCCCAUGCUCUGCUUGCCAACGGCUACGUCAUGUCGCGGGUCGGGACCUCUCAGAUCGCGCUGAUUGCCAAAGCGCACAACGUGCCGGUGCUGGUGUGCUGCGAGACCUACAAGUUCUGUGAGAAGGUGCAGACGGACUCCUUCGUCUCCAACGAGCUGGACGACCCGGAUGACCUGGUGGUGACGCAGAAGGGGAAGACGCCAUUGAAGGACUGGGAUAAGAUCCCCUCGCUGCGGCUGCUGAACCUGGUGUACGACGUGACGCCCCCCGACCUGGUGGACCUGGUGAUCACAGACCUGGGGAUGAUCCCCUGCACGUCGGUCCCGGUGGUCCUGCGGCUGAAGAGCGGAGAGCAAUGACGGAAGAGUUUGUGUUUUAUUUAUCGCUUUGUUAUUAAAGUUGUCACACCCUCC